AGCCAUCUCACCGUGGGGUAACUCUAUCACUUCCCAGAUCCCUUUCUCCUCCAAAAACCUAAAACUUUAGUUAGAACUCCAAUUCCAGGCAUUCUUUUCCCCCCACCUCUCGGCCUCUCCUUGGCUGCUCACUCUCUCUCUCCUCCUCCUUUCUCUCUCUGAACUAAACUUCUCCAUGGCCGCCACAAAGCUCUCGACCCUCUCUACCUCCCCUUCCCCUUCCUCCCUCUCCAAACCCACCACCCCUUUCCCUCUCUCCUCCCCCAAACCCCUCCCAAAACCCUUCUCCCACCCCAAACUCCCCUCCCUCAUCCACACCCAGAAACCCCUCUUCGCCGCCUCAUCCAAAAACCCCAUUUCCGACAUCUUUCUCCCAAACAAGACCUGCCCAGAUGCCCAAAACUCCCCCACUCUCUCCCUCCACGACGAUGAUGAUGAAAAGCCUCGGGAGGAGUGUGGCGUUGUCGGAAUCUACGGCGACCCGGAAGCCUCCCGUCUUUCUUACCUAGCCCUCCACGCGCUCCAACACCGCGGCCAAGAAGGCGCCGGGAUCGUCUCCGUCCACAACGACGUUCUCCAGUCCGUCACCGGCGUCGGGCUCGUCUCCGAGGUCUUCAACGAGUCGAAGCUCGAUCAAUUGCCCGGCGAUAUCGCUAUCGGACACGUUAGGUACUCCACUGCCGGCUCCUCUAUGCUGAAAAAUGUCCAGCCUUUUGUUGCAGGGUACAGAUUCGGCUCCGUUGGGGUUGCCCACAAUGGGAAUUUGGUCAAUUAUAAGGCCCUUAGGAACAAGCUUGAAGACAACGGCUCUAUUUUCAAUACAACUUCCGAUACCGAGGUGGUUCUUCACCUUAUUGCUAUAUCAAAGCACAGGCCUUUUUUGCUGAGGAUUGUUGACGCUUGUGAGCAGCUUCAAGGGGCUUAUUCCAUGGUGUUUGUGACAAAAGAUAAGCUUGUUGCUGUGAGGGACCCGUACGGUUUUCGGCCGCUUGUGAUGGGGAGGAGAAGUAAUGGCGCCGUCGUUUUCGCCUCCGAGACUUGUGCUCUUGAUUUGAUUGAAGCCACCUAUGAGAGGGAAGUGUUUCCUGGUGAAGUUGUGGUGGUCGACAAAGAUGGGGUUCAGUCACUUUGCCUAAUGGCGCAUCCGCAACCGAAACAAUGCAUUUUCGAGCAUAUUUACUUUGCUCUGCCCAAUUCUGUUAUCUACGGGAGGUCAGUUUAUGAUUCCAGGCGCGCAUUUGGGGAGAUUUUGGCCACGGAGGCUCCGGUGGAUUGCGAUAUUGUGAUCUCCGUGCCGGAUUCAGGUAACGUGGCUGCUCGCGGGUAUGCUUCAAAAGCGGGUGUGCCUUUCGAGCAAGGGUUGUUGAGGUCCCAUUAUGUGGGAAGGACUUUCAUUCAGCCGUCGCAGAAGAUUCGGGACCUCGGCGUGAGGCUGAAAUUGCAUCCUGUGGAAGCAGUGCUGAAAGGGAAGAGAGUUGUGGUUGUGGAUGACUCAAUUGUGAGAGGAACAACCUCUUCAAAGAUAGUUAGGCUUCUCAAAGAGAGUGGCGCUAAAGAGGUACACAUGAGGAUUGCGAGUCCUCCGAUUAUCGCCUCGUGUUACUACGGAGUGGACACGCCGAGCUCAGAGGAGUUGAUCUCCAAUAGGAUGAGUGUUGAGGAGAUUAGGAAGUUUAUUGGGUCGGAUUCACUUGCUUUUUUGCCAUUUGAGAGCUUGAAGAAGUAUUUGGCUGAAGAUUCCCCCAACUUUUGUUAUGCUUGUUUCUCGGGAAAGUACCCUGUGGAGCCUAGAGAGUUGAAGGUGAAAAGGGUUGGAGAUUUUGUGGAUGAUGGGUUGAAUGGUAGUUUGGAAUCCAUUGAUGGUGGUUGGGUUCAGGCAAAUACAAGCCAGAAAGAGGCAACAGAUAAGGAGCCUGAGGAUAGUGUUAUUAAGUACUCGAGUGGAAAAUGACAAACACGGUUCAGGUGGAAAAAGAGGAAACUCUUCUUUUAGAAUGGUAUAGUUCUAAAAGAGACGGUGGUCUUUGCAUUCACAUUUGGAAUCAUUUUUCUAGCGACUUUACUAUUAAGCGAAAGCUUCAAUGGGCUGCGCCUGCUACCAAACCUAUUUUUCUUUUUCAAUUUAAAUUGUUGAUCAAUGGCUCUGAUUGGGUUUCAUAAUAGAAUCCACGCGCCAUAGACGCGUGACUAUCCUUGCCAGCGCCAAAUUACAGUUAAAUUC